AAUGCGUUACAAUGUCUGUUGUUUACUCCGAUGAAAUUUAACAUGUGGAAAUAAGGUGACUAAAAAUGACCAUGGGACAAAGAAAUGAUAAUGAAUCGAAUUUUUCAGAAAGGGACAGUGAAUUUGAAGCAUUAACUCAAUAUGAUACAUCCCAUGAAAAUUCUGAAAAAACUGUUAAACUGGAUAGCUUUAUUUCAAAUACAAAAUUUGGAUUACUUCAUCUCCGAAUGCUACUCACCACUGGUGGGGCCUACUUUGCUGUGUGUGCAGAGUUGGUCGUAUUUGUUUUCCUAAGUCAUCCAGUAAAGAAAGAAUGGAACCUCAAUAAAUUCAUAUUUCCACUGCUACCACUGGGAAGUGGUCUAGGAGGCAUCUUAGGGGAGUGUACAUUUGGAAUAAUUAGUGACAAAUACGGAAGAAAGUGGCCAUUUGCUAUCGCAGUUUCCACUGUUGCUCUGUUUGGGAUAGCUUCAGCAUUUGCACCAUCAUUUCUUGUCUUGGUCAUUUUGCGUACUUGUGUGUCAGUUGGCAAUGGAGCAGUAUCAUCCAUUGUCUUCGUCUACCUCUUAGAAUUCCUUCCUCAGAAAAAUCGUGGGAAAUGUAUGGUAGGCGUGACUUUUUGUGGUGCGCUCGGGGCCGUGUUCGCCGGUGGAAUGGCCUGGUGGUUGCUGGAGAGCUACAGCUGGAGGCAUUUUAUGGCGGCCUGCGCAGCACCAGCAUUUAUUGUGUGUAUAGCGGCAUUCUGUCUCACAGAAGAAUCUCCCAGGUUUCUCUUCAUUUCUGGUCAGGAACACAGAGGAAAAAUGGUGCUUCAGAAAAUGAUCCACGAACCUCUAGCAUGGCAAGGUGAAAUAGAAUGCAUGCCAUCAGAAAAGAGAGGUAGAAUCUCCCAGCUGUUCGCUCCAGGGACUAGACUUAAGACCAUAAACAUUGCUUUGAUCUGGUUUCUUCAGGCCACGGGAUACUGGGGGGUCACAGUGUACCUCCCGGAGUACAUGGGAUCCCUAGGAGUGGAUCCAUAUUUCAACAUGUUCACCGUGUUCAUAGGAGAACUCCCAGGACUCUGCCUAGCAAUGAUAAUGAUUGAACCAUACAUGCUGGGCCGGAUUAGAUGCUUACAACUAUUCUCCUUCUCAACAUGUAUCUCAUUGCUAUUAUUUGCCUUUGUGGGCAUGGAUUUUUUGAAAGCCGUCUCUGUAAUCGUGUGCUAUUUUUUCAUGGUCCCAAUUUAUUCCAUUUUAAGUACAUUCACACCUGAAGCGUAUCCGACUCAUAUUCGCAGCACUGCUGUGGCUACGAUGUACAUGAUCAUAGAAAUCCCUGGAUUGAUCACCCCCUUUGUGGGGGAGUACCUGUUAUCUAGUGACAUAACCUGGUUAUACCCUGUAGUAUGGGCUGGGGUAUUCUUCCUGCAGGCGCUGGCCAUUUGUGGACUACGAUCAGAAACAGCAGGGAAGGCAUUAAAAGACUCAGACAAAGAGAAUGACUCAGAUAAAGAAACAUUGUCAGAUGAGAUGGCAGAAAGUGCCAUCAGUUAAAGAUCAUGGCUAAUUUUGCCUUAUUUAUUUAUAUAUGAAGUUCAUGUAGUACAUCUGCACAUGUUCUAUGUGUAGUUCUGAAAUAUGCAUCAGCUGAGUAAGUCUUUUGCUUUGAAAACCUGAUAACUUCUAUGAAGUAUUGUUUAGGAUGCAGUUCAGUGCUUCAGAAUUUUUUCUGCUGAAUACUGCCUAUUUGAAAUGUUUUAUUUGUAUCUUUAUUACUAGACUAGUACAGCAAGUCUGAAUGAAAAGUUAGGGAGAUUAUUGUAUAAACAUUACUUUUAUACACUUUGGUCAUAAAAUCUUACCAUAAUUACCAGGGUAUAUUAUUGAAUACUGAAUAUUACAUCCAAGAAAAUGAUUUUGGGGCAUUCUUUUCAAUUAACUGAAUACAUUGAAUGUAUGCUAGAUUUUUUUGUAUCAGAUGAACAUGUUAAGUUUUGCAUAAUAUUAGUAUUCCACUGAUCUCAGUUUUGCUAUAGAUUUGUUUAUGCCAUUUAUAUUUUUUGUAGUCAGUUAAGGACUAAGUCCCAGACAUUUUAAUCAGUGUCCACACAUUUACCAAUUACUCUAGUGCAUAAUUUUCAUGAGUGGUUUCAUGUUAAAUAUUUUGACAAAUAAAAUUAAAUGUUGUCUUAAAAUGGCAAUUCUUAUUCCUAUCAUCACAAUCCUCCAUCCUCACAAUAUCAAUCUUUUGUGAUUUCGGAACUCCACACACAGACACACAUUCAAACCCUUCUUUAGUGGAGUUCUGAAAUCACAAAACCUUGAUAUUGUGAGGAUGCUCAAUCCUGAUGAUAAUCCAAACAAUACUAUUCAUACAGGGUUCUAGCUGCAGAUCUGUUACUCUCUGAUCUGAAAAAAAAAUUUGGAUGGACGACCAACAACUAUUGAGCUACUCAGGCAAAUAUCCAUGGUCCAUCUAGCCUGAACUGCUACAUUCCUCCCUCCUUAUACAUUCUUCAACCUCAAAGACACAAAUUCAAGGGCCCCAACAGGAAUCUUAUUUACAAAUGAAUUGAACAAUGACCCUGUACUGGCCACAACACAGUAGGAAAGGAAAAAUGCAUAAAGAGAAUGUAUGGCUGGACAAAUUAAACCUGGGAUCUCUGCAUUACUAGUCAGGUGCUCUACCAACUGAGCUAUCCGAGCUGAUAUCCAGGGUCCAUUAUAGCCCAAAAUGCUACACAUGUACAUGUA